GUUACGAUAUUGUAAGAUUGACUGAUUGAUGGUUGAUGGUUGUAAAGGUACUACACAACAAAGGAGAAGGGAGGAACAUAUGCCAUCCCAACCUCCAGCAGGCAAUAGUAGGCUAUAUAGCGUGAUUUAUAUCUAUCCGGUUCUCUACAGACUGCCCAUACUUUAGCAUGUGUUUGGUAAUGCUGUGAGCACGCCAGUUCAUCUUAUGUUGCACAGACAGGCAAAGUGACGCGGCCUGACGGUCCAAACCUGUUAUGUAACUGAGGAGCACUCUACCCCUUCCCCUCCUUCCUCCCUCCACCCCUCCCUCUCCGCUCUGGUGUUCUCUACGCUCUCCUUUCCCACUCUCUCCGCCCUCUAUCGGUUCUUCCCUCCCCAAUACCCCUACACUCAUUCAGGUUCUUACUCGUUCCCCACAUCCCAACCUUAUCCACUUUCGACUACAUAGCAACUCGCUUUCUCUUCCCUCCCUCCCUUCCCACUCGUAGUACUACACGUAGCGUACCUCGUCUGCACCCAAGGCCCGCACCCUACCUCUCCUUCCCCCCCCCGUCCCGUCCCAACGCCAACUGCGAGUGCGACUCAGUGCUGGGUUGCUAGCGUGCUGGCGGGGCGGGAGUUUGUUGCUGACUCUCUUGAUGUGGGUUUCCUUGCAGCACGGAACCCUCCCUUCCCUACAACGCAGGUAAUCUCAACAUCGACCUUAAAUCGCCUUCCUUCAGUGUCAAAGGAAUGGACACGGACAUACCGGCCUGUUAGGCUGUUAUAUAUCAUCUGUAUAAGACACUACAACCCGAGUACGUGUAUCAUUAAUUUUUGUUACAGGUUUAUCACGUGCUACACGUAACGCUGUGUUCAGUCCAAUCGUUUUGUUCUAUUACCAGUGAUUGUGAUGUAUCUAGCUGUAAAAGAUAAAUAAAAGUAACCCCCUUUUUUUCAGAAACCUUGCCAUGCACAUACUAAGGUUUUAAAUCAGGGCGCCUUUCUGAUAAAAGAAAUAAGUGUCGUGAGAUAAUUAACGUUGUUAACACGAAAAUAAUGGCUUGAGAAAAGAAAGUGUUACAUUGAGAGAAAGAGAAUAAUUAUCACUUCAUGAAAUCAUGCAUACCUAGUAUACUGAGUGUGAUAGCAUGCAGUGGGCAGGGGAGACAAUUUAACUCGUCUGCAGAAUUUGAUGGAAUUCACUACAGUGUGACUUGGGUGUUUUUAAGAAAACAGAAGCGAUAUGUGUGUAUAGCUACAUGUGACUGAGUAUGUGUGCCAAUUCUAUAAAUAACGAAGAAAUUGUUUUGAAGGUUGAGUCCUGGCUAAAACUGGGUAGGAGCAGUGCUGAGGGCAGAGCAAACGUAAAGUUAAUUGUCCUUUCUGAAUUAAGGGAACAUCCAUGAUUUUAGUUCAAUGCUUGGGCAGGUUUAAUAUUAAUAAAGUGUUCAGCUUCAUUAUGAAUGAUAUAUCCGGUGUUACCUCAUGGUGGCAGAGUAAUGUGUACGUCCUUGUCCCCAUACUCGGGAUCAACAAGGCUGGCUGGUGCACGCAUGGGGUCAUAUGGUACGUACAUUACACGAAGCUGUGCUGACAGUCUGUGAUGAGUUCAUUUAAUUAAGAUGUAUAGUUUCCUCAGAAAAAAAAUAAUGAGUGAGAUGAUGGCAGACUUACAUUAGUUGUGUGAGCAGCAUGUGUUUUCGAAUAUGAGUUUUUUGUGCCCCCGUAAUGAAAAUUAAACACUUCGAAGUUGCAUGAUUCAUAAGUGAAAGAAAACGUGCUAAGAUGAGUGAGCGGCGAGUGUUCGAGUCCCUGUGCAUGAACCCAGGCGGUGGCGGCUUCAGCUACGACACGGAGCUGCUCGUUGACGUCGAUCGCGCCUUUGACUUCGAUGAAGCAGUCAUACGCCUCACCACCAAGUGUAACUCCAUUAUUACUCAACUGCGCACCUUGGGCCAUCCAGUUACGGAGUUCUCCAUCGCCUCCGCCAAAGUGGGCUUCGCUAAUAGGACAAGUCGCUCAAAGUAUAUUCGGAGUAGUGUCAUGGAAGACACCUGCUAUAACAGCUGCAGCAGUUCACCCGAGGGACGGAGCUUGAGGGCUAUGGAGGAGCUGUGGUGCGGUCUCAAACGGAACAAGUACUCGGGGAUGGUGGCUGUGGCGCAGCUCACUCGUUCGUCCAUACCCAAGAAUGGCUGUGCCUCGCGCUACUCAGUUCAGGCGCUGAAGAAGGCGCUGCUGAGCCACAUCCAUGCCUACUUUAUGUUCCAGGCCUACAACCCCAAGUUUCAGCCGUGGAGCAAUUCAUGCAGGGACGAGGACGACGACCCACAUGCCGAGUACUUGGUGUUCCUUGUAUAUCGCAUUGAGGCCACCCCCACACCCACCGUAAACCGAUCCAGGAAGUUCAGCGAGCUGGAGAGACUCGAUGCAUCAUGGCACUGUAAGCCCAGUACACCCAAGAGGAAGCGCCAGCUGUCAAGUGGGAGUAGUGUCAGCAGUAGCAGCAGCAGCAGCAGCAGCAGCAGCAACCCCAGUGGCAAGAUGCCCCUCUCUACGCCUUCCACUCACACAAAUGUUCGGGCUGCCAUCACCCCAUCAUCUCCAUUCUACCCAAACCGAGUGUAUAGAGAGACUGAGGGGUACAGCCUUGACUGGAGAGAUUGGCCGGCACCAGAGAAGAAACGAUUGUCCAGUAGCAGAGUGGAAAUGCCGGUGCUUGUGGCAGGUUCUCCGAUGGUCCUUAGACACAGGAAAGAUAGCACAGGCCCUAAGCACCAGAGGUCAGGCAGAAGCAUGACGAGAACAUCCAGUAAAUUGUCUCCAUAGCACAGCUCGGGUAUUCCUGCCAUCAUCAGGCAUGCACCCACUGUCAUCAGGCAUGCAGGUGUGGUGAUCCAGACUGGCAUUUAUGUCAUCCCUGCUGCAGCAAGCUGACAAUUUCCAGUCAUAAUGGAGUGCCUGAAGACAACCCACAUGCUGUCCUGAUGACCCCCUAUCACUCCACCUCAGCAUACCUCUCUCUAGAUAAUCAAGUGGAGCACUAGGGAGGCAGCAUGAGGCAAGCAAGAAUGACACCCCUAUAAAAUACUUGCCCAUGGUACUAAUAGGCUGGGGAUGACCACCAGGCUCUAUCAAGAAAGCUUACCUGGGCCACGGUUAGUUUAAAAACAAAACACACACACACACAAUCAUUACUAAGCGGCUCAAAACUACCUACAUGCUAUCCUGAAGAUCACCUAUCAACCCAGACUUUAGCAAAACUCUACAAUGAAGCAAGGACAAGUUCCGGGGAGCAGCAUGAGCCAACAAGAUGGCGCCACUAUAAACACUUGCCUGUGCCAUGAAUAGGCGGGCUGGGGCCAACCAGCAGGCCCCAUCAAGAUAGCCUACCACUGCAAUAGGCCAAACAUAAACACAUACACACACCACAGGUGGGCAUUCCGCAAUUUAAGUCCGCUAAUCUCUAAUCAGUUAAUAGCGGACAAACAAAAAAAUUGCGGAAUAGCAUUAGCAGAAAAUUUGAAAAAUUAGCAGAUUUGCAGUUCGUGGAAUGCCAAAAUUAUAGUCCGCUAGCACAAACUUUAAAAAACUGCCAACAAUGAAAUUUCCUGGAAAUUCAAGAAUAUUCUUGAAAGUGUGGAGAAACUUCUAGAUUAGGGUGGCAAGGCAUCCGGGAUGUUCUGGGGCAGUCUCGGAUUUUAAUGGUUCGUCCCGGAAAUGUCCCAGAUUUCACGCACUGUCCUUGAAAAUGUUUUUUAUUAAAGCGUCCCGAAUUUCACUUCCAGAAAUCUGGCCACCCUAUUCAAGGUCUGUCUGAUGCACAGCUGGUCUGCUCAGCACGCAGGCAGCAUAUAAAAAAAUAUAAAAUAAAUAAAUGUACAAAUUGUAAGGUAAUUUUAUUGGAAAUUAUGUUUUUAACCACCAAUAAAGGGUUAGCAGACUGUUGCAGAUUUCAUUAGUGGACUAAAAAAAAAAAAAAUAUAUAUAUAUAUAUAUAUAUAUAUAUAUAUAUAUAUAUAUAUAUAUAUAUAUAUAUAUAUAUAUAUAUAUAUAUAUAUAUAUAUAUUAGUGUUAGCAUUAGCAGAUUUCCGAUAGCGGACCAACGAAGCCGGAAAACCUGCGGAUUAGUGAUUAGCGGAAUGCCCAACAAAGUUGGCGGAAUUGCGAAUUGCGGACUAACAAAAAAUUAGCGGGUGCCCACCUCUGAUACACACACACACACACACACUAAGGCAUACAUAUGGAAAAAUUCAUAUUUGCUGUUAUCAUUUACUUGUAACAAUUUUUUUUGGAUAGAUCACACAAAUACUGGCCAAACUAUUUGGACCUUGGUAGUUAAUUACAGUGUGACUGUAAAGGUAUUUUGAAUCUUGCCUAUCUCAUGCAGGGUUCAAUCUCCUGUCAUUUGAGUGAAUACAUAUUUGCCCUUUCUGUCUACUCACAUCAGUACCCCAUUUACAUAUUACAGUUGUUUUAUUGUUGAGAUAUGAUACAGGAAGAGAGGAAAGAUCAUGCCAUGUUCUCUGAAGAGCACAACAAAAAUUUUGAGUAUGUAUCUCAAUGAAGGUUAAGGGUAAAGUUGAGCUAAAUUCCUAGUGGAUUUAAGUCUGAAAAAUUAUCUCAAAUAAUGCAUAAGCUAAAUGGAACAGAAAAAUAGUAGAUGAAUUCCCCUUAGAACUGUCAUAAACAUAACUUGUCUUAGAGUUAUUCUGUUUACUUGCCUUAAAUUACAGCAGAUAAGUUUCCAAGUGUUUCAAAACUAAGGUAUUGCACUGAAAAAUAAUAUUAGAAAAAUACUGAUAAUUUUGCAUCUUGUGUGUUCCAAGUUUAUACCAACAGGCAAUGAACCUGCAAAUAAUUUUGUGGACAUAUGCAGUGUUAAAGUAAAAUAAAAAAUACUUUGGCAAAACA